ACCAACCCAACCGCCAUUUUUCGUUUUCUGAAGAAGCUCUGCAACUCCAAAACACCCAGUUUGACCGGAGUUCAGUGAGGAAGCCUAUAAAUAGUGACACAAGUAGACAGCCAAAAUGUCGUCCUCAGUGAAAGGAAUACUUUUGAGGACUUCACCGGAAGUAGCUUAUAGACACAGAAUGACGUUCAAGGAUCGUUCUUAUUCCCCCAACGGCGUCAACGGCGGGUCAGCUCGAGCCGGGGGCCAGACGCGGUAUCAGCCCCAAGUUUGUACCAUAACAAAUGGGAUCACCAACCCCAGUCCUAAGAAAAAUGAGCUCCAGAGCCAGAUCGGAGCACAGCCUAUUCUGUCACCAGUUUUGGACCCAAGUUCUCCAACAACUCAUAAGAGGGUUUUUACUUUUGGGAAAGGAAGGAGUGAAGGAAACAAGGGCAUGAAAUCACUGUUAGGAGGGAAGGGUGCAAACCUGGCUGAAAUGGCUAGCAUUGGGCUGUCUGUGCCGCCUGGGCUUACUAUCUCAACAGAAGCAUGCCAAGAGUAUCAGGACAAUGGUAAGGAUUUACCGGAAGGUUUGUGGGAGGAGAUACUAGAAGGCUUGGAUUAUGUGCAGAAGACUAUGGGAGCUACUCUUGGUGACCCUUCCAAGCCCCUCCUUGUCUCCGUUCGCUCUGGUGCUGCAAUUUCUAUGCCUGGCAUGAUGGACACUGUCCUCAACCUUGGACUCAAUGACGAGGUGGUUACUGGUUUAGCUGCAAAAAGUGGGGAGCGGUUUGCGUAUGACUCGUACAGACGUUUCCUAGACAUGUUUGGAGAUGUUGUUAUGGAAAUUCCACACUCAAAAUUUGAGGAGAAGUUGGAGAACUACAAACACCAAAAAGGAGUUGAGCUUGAUACAGAGCUUACAGCGGCUGAUCUCAAAGAGUUGGUUGAACAAUACAAAAGUGUAUAUGUUGAAGUUACUGGUAAAAAAUUCCCAUCAGAUCCAAAAGAACAGCUAGUGUUGGCUAUUAAAGCAGUUUUUAAUUCUUGGGACAGCCCGAGGGCCAACAAAUACCGGAGCAUCAAUCAGAUAACUGGUUUAAAGGGAACUGCAGUUAACAUUCAAUCCAUGGCUUAUGGGAACAUGGGAAAUACUUCCGGUACAGGUGUUCUAUUCACUAGAAAUCCAAGCACUGGUGAAAAGAAGCUCUAUGGGGAGUUUCUAAUCAAUGCUCAGGGAGAAGAUGUAGUUGCCGGUAUUAGGACACCAGAACCUUUGGAUACCAUGAAAAAUUGCAUGCCAGAAGCGUACAAGGAGCUUGUGGAGAACUGUGAAAUUCUAGAAAGACAUUACAAAGAUAUGAUGGACAUUGAGUUCACUGUCCAAGAAAAUAGAUUAUGGAUGUUGCAAUGCCGUGCUGGAAAGCGUACUGGUAAAGGUGCGUUCAAGAUAGCUGUAGACAUGGUUAAUGAAGGGCUUGUUGAUAAGCGCUCUGCAAUCAAAAUGGUGGAACCACAACAUCUUGACCAACUUCUUCACCCUCAGUUUGAGGAUCCGACUGCAUACAAAGACAAAGUGCUUGCGAUUGGCUUGCCUGCAUCACCAGGAGCAGCAGUAGGGCAAGUCGUGUUCAGUGCAGAGGAUGCUGAAGCAUGGCAUGCACAAGGAAAGAAAGCCAUCUUGGUAAGGACUGAGACCAGUCCGGAAGAUAUUGGGGGAAUGCAUGCAUCUGCUGGGAUCUUGACUGCUAGAGGUGGCAUGACAUCUCAUGCAGCAGUUGUGGCUCGUGGAUGGGGUAAAUGUUGUGUUUCUGGAUGUUCUGAUAUCCAAGUAAAUGAUGAUGAGAAGGUUGUUGUGAUUGGGAGCACCGUGUUUAGAGAAGGAGACUGGCUUUCCCUCAAUGGAAACACCGGUGAAGUCAUUAUUGGAAAACAACCACUUUCUCCUCCAGCUUUAAGCGGCGAUUUAGAAACAUUUAUGUCUUGGGCUGAUAGCUUUAGGCGUCUCAAGGUUAUGGCAAAUGCCGACACACCUGAAGAUGCAUUAACAGCAAGAAACAAUGGUGCACAAGGGAUUGGACUUUGUAGGACAGAGCACAUGUUCUUUGCUUCAGAUGAUAGAAUUAAGUCAGUAAGAAAGAUGAUCAUGGCAAGUACAGUUGAGCAGAGGCAGGCAGCAUUAGACCUCUUACUACCAUAUCAGAGAUCUGACUUUGAAGGAAUUUUCCGUGCAAUGGAUGGUCUUCCAGUAACCAUCCGAUUGUUAGACCCUCCACUUCAUGAGUUUCUUCCAGAAGGUGACCUAGAACAGAUUGUUACAGAAGUAGCUGCAGAGACUGGUAUGACUGAGGAUGCAGUUUACUCAAGAGUUGAUAAAUUGACAGAAGUAAACCCAAUGCUUGGUUUCCGAGGCUGCAGGCUGGGGAUAUCAUACCCAGAACUCACAGAGAUGCAAGCGCGUGCAGUGUUUCAGGCUGCAGUCUUAAUGAGCAACCAGGGUGUUAAAGUGUUCCCUGAGAUAAUGGUUCCUCUUGUUGGAACACCUCAGGAACUGGGACACCAAGUGACUUUAAUCCGCAGUGUUGCGAAGAAAGUGUUCUCUGAGAUGGGUACCACCUUGAGUUUUAAGGUUGGGACCAUGAUUGAGAUUCCUAGAGCUGCUCUAGUUGCAGAUGAGAUUGCAAAAGAAGCAGACUUCUUUUCUUUCGGAACAAAUGAUCUCACUCAGAUGACCUUUGGGUACAGUAGAGAUGAUGUGGGCAAGUUCCUAAAUACUUAUUUGUCCCAAGGCAUUCUUCAAAACGAUCCAUUUGAGGUACUUGAUCAAAGAGGAGUUGGGCAACUCGUCAAGAUGGCCACAGAAAAGGGUCGUGCAGCUAAGCCUAGCUUAAAGGUUGGAAUAUGUGGAGAGCAUGGUGGGGAGCCUUCUUCAGUUGCAUUUUUCGCAGAGGCUGGAUUAGACUAUGUUUCAUGUUCUCCAUUCAGGAUACCAAUUGCAAGGCUAGCAGCAGCUCAAGUUGCCGUGACAAAGAGUUAACCAUUUGUGAUUCUUCAUCUGUAAAUAAUAUACAAUCCCUGUCAGAAAAUGCCAUAAUCUACUAUGAAAACCGAUACAAAGGGAGAG